AUGCGAGGCGUUGUCCCUUUUCAACAUUCAACAGAAGCCGGCCAAUCCUCUAGCAAUCGGGGCGAUAGCAGUGCUGCAUAUGGCGUAAAGUUUUUAGCUCAUGCUGAUGAUGUCUCAUGUCUAGAUCUGGUUGGAGCCGUCAGGGUGCCGGCCUUUGGGCCAAACUCUCUCGCUGUCGUCAACGGCCCAUCUGCUCGAGAUAGGAUAUAUCUCACUGACCCGGUCAAGCUGCAUACGACGACAAGAGGCCCACAGCGGGUCCAUUGUGGUCCGCACAGGUUGGUGCUUGGGCUCUACCCGCUAGUCCAACGGAAAGGGGAGGAAAAGGGACGGCGGCACGGGACGACUGCUUCAGUGUCCACGAAUCACUUGCUGUAA